CUGCAGCCUCCCUCUGCUGCCUCCUCGCCUCGGAUGCGUGACCAUGUGGGCCAAGCGAGACCUUUCUAAAAAAACAAGCGUUUUCGGGGGGCAGUGAGAUGAAGCGUACAGCUAACCCUUCACACACACCUUAAAAAAACUACCCACCGUGCACCUCUUAUUUUAGGGUCAUUCUUCUAAAUAUAAGUCCUAUCUCUGAGUCUAAAACAAACACUGUGCUUCAGGAAUAUCACACUAGCGCUCGCUGCCCCCCCUCCUGCUCACAGAUGGAAUCGUCCAGCAUCUCAGGGACGCGAAUGUGUGAUUGCUGGGUUAGGAGACCCUAAACGCUGCUGCUUCUCCUCAGCAUCGGCUAACGGCACCACCGCUUCAGAAAAGAACAUGGAGGGUCAACAGCUAAAGGAUCCCCCAAAUAAAGUGUCACUAAUAAAAGAUGAGCUGAGUCGGAGCUCCAUGGAGGCCAGUGAGUCAGAAAAGGUCAUCCAGCACCUCAACCAGGAGCUGAAGGAAGCUCAUGAUCAGGCUACUGCAGGAAAGCAGAAAUGUGUAGAGCUCCAAGGACUUCUUGAGGAGGAAAAGAAGGCUAGCAAGCAGCAGGCUGAGGAGUCAGCCAAGCAGAUGAAGAUCCUUCAGACUCAGCUUCAGAAGCUGCAGGAUGAUAUGGGAAAAAUGAAGGAUCAGAAGGACAGUACCAUCUUCGGCAUGCGGCAGGAGGUGCAUGCAGCUCAAGAAGAAAUGCAGGUGUUGCGCCGCUCCAUGGAGAAGACUGCAGCUGAGAGGGAUCACGAGGUCAGCGCCCUUAAGGGCAACCUGGCAACACUGACCACUGAGCUGGAGAAAUGGCAGUUGGCUUCAAAUAAGUACGAGCGGGAGAUUGACAGCCUGCAAGCCAGUCACCAGCAACAGAACCAGCAGAGAGACAAAGCUGCUAAACAACAAGCGAGUGAGCUGGAGAAGGUACAGCGGGAGUGCAAGAGCCUGCAGAGGGAGUGUGCAUCCCUCAAGUCAGAGAAAGAGCAGCUGGCUGUGCAGCAGCAGAAGGAGACUAACAGCCUGCAGAGCGAAUGCAGCACCCUGCGCACUGAGAAGGACCAGCUCCAGAGGAAACUGCAGCAGCUGGAGAAGGAACUGGAAAGCUGUGAGAAGCAGCGUGCGGGCCUCAACAACACGGUGCAGGUCCAGGAGAAGACACAGACUGACCUGCAAUCACGGCUGAGUGCUCUGCAGGACGAGCACCUGAGAGAAACCAGCCAGCUAAACAACCAGCUGGAACAGAGCAGCAGCAGGACCAAAGAGCUGCAGAAAGAGUAUGAAGAGACCCAGGCUGAGCUGUUAAGUCUGAAGGAGAGGUGUGAGCAGUUAGAGCAGGAGAAGCACUCCCUCGGCCUGGAGCUGAAGCAGUGCCAAGCCAGCCUGAAGGGUCUGCAAGAAAAAGGCAACCAACUGUCUUUAUUGCCGCCCAUCCUAGCCGUAGUCAUCGGCCUUGUCCUGGCUUUGCUGUAUUGGUGCUUCGGCCCAUUGUGGUAGAAAGGAAAGAUGGAUCAGGUGGGUGCCUGUCGCCGUCAUCACGGUUGCUGUGACAGCCUAUGCGCUUGCAAAGACUACAGCUUGAGCACCUGGCACGAAAAACCAGUAAACACGCACACAAAUGCACACACAUUUUCAAUAAUAAACUGAUGUUUUGCCCUCUUGAUUUAAGAGGUGCCCUAAGUGUGAAUUUGUUCAACUUGUAACUGUAUUAUUAAAGGCUAAUGGCCUUAGAGUAAUUUAUGUAGGCUAUCAGGUCCACAUCAUAUCCCAAGCUGCUGCAGCGUUUAGGCGAAAGCAGAAACUCUGUCAUUCUAGGGUUUUGAUGUUUUGGUGAGACUGCUUUUUUCCCCUUCCUGCAAAUAGGUGAUCUUAGUAUUUGGUUUGUUUGGCCAAAUAAAUAUGUACUGUAGUAAUUUGCCUUACCGAACAGCUGUUUGCACCUAAGUCUACCCAUUCACUAAUGUUUUGUUUUUCUUUCCUUUCACCUUGUUCCAACAAUUCCAUGACUACUCUGCUUAUUUUAUCAGUUCACCCGAGUGAAAGCAAUAAUACAUUUGACCCAUUUCCUCAUGUUUAAUGUCAUACUCCAAAUAUGUGGGUGCCUGCUACAUUUUUAAUGUAGUGUCUGUGUAGUUGCCAAUUACGACCUCAGCCCUAAUUUAUCAAUAUAUACAAUAUAAGUGAUAAAUUGUUAAUGUCUAUGCACUGUACCUUAUUGUUCUGUGGCUUUAAAAUAUUGACAAUAACUAUUGCACAAGUCAUUUAAAUUUAAGAGCACUAACUUGUCUCGAAGAGACCCUUACCAGAGUCACUAAUUUGUAUGCUACUUGUACAGAGAUUUACUGAAAAAAUGAACUAAAGAAAUAUAAAACCAAAUAAAAACAUAAUAAAAACAAA